AGUCAGCAGCGGGUCCAGUCUUCUGCUCCCCCUCAACUUCCGCGGAUCGACUUCAGCUCCGUUCAGCACAAACUCAACACUUUAAUACUCAACUAUGAGCUCGAAGGGUUUGAGAUUACUCUAAAAAAAAGAGAGUCAUCUCUGGGAGAAAAAAACAACAAACCGGAUCACAGAAGAGAGAAGAGGAAAGUUGAGCGGACCAUCCUGUGUCGUUGAGGUCCCUCUGCUGAACAUUCACCUCGAAGCUUCAUGUCUGUGCGAAUUUCAGCAAUGAGUGUUCUGCCUCCGGUACGGAGGGACCGUAUCAUCGCUCAGCUCCCUCAGUAUUUCAGGAAAGAGGCAGCUCUGCACACUAAGGAGGACUUCAACAAUAAAGUGAAGACUGCCUGCCAGGAGCAGCGUACCGGCACUGUGGGCAGAUUUAAAAUCUCUAAGGUGAUUGUGGUGGGUGACCUUGCCGUGGGGAAAACCUGUCUGAUUAAUAGAUUUUGCAAAGAUGCUUUUGAUAAGAACUACAAGGCAACGAUCGGUGUCGACUUUGAGAUGGAGCGGUUUGAGGUGUUGGGGGUUCCUUUCAGCCUCCAGCUGUGGGACACUGCGGGACAAGAGAGGUUCAAGUGCAUUGCUUCUACGUACUACAGAGGAGCCCAGGUUGUGAUCAUCGUGUUUGAUGUGAAUGAUGUUGCCUCUUUGGGCCAUGUGAGGCAGUGGCUGGAAGAUGCCUUGAAAGAGAACGACCCCACUGCGGUUCAGCUGUUCCUCGUUGGCACAAAGAAAGACCUGAGCUCUCCUGCUCAGUAUUCUCAGAUUGAACAAGAUGCCCUCAAACUAGCACAAGAGAUCAGAGCCGAGUAUUGGGCUGUGUCUUCGCUGACUGGGGAAAACGUGAGAGAGUUUUUCUUCCGAGUUGCAUCGUUGGCUUUUGAGACUAACGUUCUCGCUGAGUUGGAGAAAAGUGGAUCGAGGCAAAUUGGAGACGUUGUCAGGAUUAACAGCACUUCAAACAAUAUGUACCCUGGAUCGAAGAAGAAACACCCGAACUGCUGUCAGUAAGGAUGGAAGCAGGAGUUUUAAGUCAAAGGUGCGGACUGAAAAUGAGGAUUUUUCUCAGUGGAAAAAGACUGUCUGCUCUCCAGCUCAUGGGAGGGAUUUUCUGUGGUCAGAGCAGGAGGAGGGACGCUGGAGUUUUGCUUCCUGACAUCUUUGAGUUCAGUUUUUCCUGGCCUGGAGAGAGUUUUUACUCUGUGGGAUGUGGAUUCUUGUGGUGUUGCUCAGUUUAACUUGUCUGGAGUUACAGGGUGACACAGAAAUGACACACAAAUGCCUGUUCUGGUACUGCAGAUAUGCCAAAGAAUGACUGUGGAUGUUUUAUAUCAUGAUGUAUGUGUGGCUGCUUACUUUACUUAGGGCUUGAAUUAAAUAUUCUGUCUUGCUGCUGUAGUUUCUUCAACAAUUAAGACUUUUUUUCACAAUAAUACUGGUUUAUGUUAAAGUCUGCUGUUUUAAAUGUUUAUACUCUUAUAGGUUGCCAACCUUUCUGUGAGCAGAUAGAUUUUGUAGUAAAAGAUUUGAGGAAAAUCUGAAAAAAUAAACAGAAUUUUAUGUAG